UGCUUGCUUCAGUCAGCAUUAACUGCUCUCUCCUCUCUUCCGAAUUAGCCAGGUAGGAGGGAGAAGAAGCAUCCAUCCAUCCAAUCAAACAUGGCUCUGUCUCUAAGAUGGCUUCUUCAGUCAGCAUGUCAUGUUUUGGGAAGCCCCAACAAUGGGAAGAUUGAAGAUGGAGGGUUGCAUGGGAUGUCCAACUCCAAGAAUAUUAUGCAUCCGUCAACUGUUAGUUUCCAGAUGCCUCUUCACUAUCCUCGUUACACCAAGGCAGACUAUGAGAAGAUGGAGGAGUGGAAGCUGGACCUGCUCCUCACACAAUAUGGCCUCACCUACAGUGGCACCCUUGAUGAGAAGAGAGCUUUUGCCAUGGGAGCAUUCCUCUGGCCUAAUCAAUAUUGAACAUUCUGAAAUAUUAAUAUCGAUGCUAGCUGCACCACAUUUGUUCAUCAAUAUAUAUAUAUAUAUAUAUAAUUAUGGCAUGUAUCAACAUAUAUAUCUUUUUUCAUUGUGAGAUAAUCAAGUAUAAUUAGUGAUAACAGUGGUGAUGUUGCAGCCUGCAGGAAUGUAAUUGUAUGACAGUGGUGUAUUAAUGCCUAAGCUUUUUCCCUGUUUCUAUCAACAGAAAUUAAUGUAAGAUGGUAACAUGUAUGCAAGUUUAAUUUUGUGAAAGGUAAUUUAGAUUAAUUAUUUCUAGAAGGUAAUUGUAUGGAAACUUCUGUUGUUUGCCCUUACUGGGAUUCAAUUUCCAUGGCCGUUAUGACAUAACCAAUUCCAGGG